UUCUGUGUCAUCACAUGAACACGAGUGUUUCGAAAUCCGAUGGCACAGCUAGUCGCAGUACUCACGACAUGUUCACCUCAGUUUGUGUCGGUUCGGCGCAUCGGAACUUGGAAACCAUCGAACUCGCUCACAAAAUGUCCAACCAUUCCUUCACCAUCAUUUUCUGCCUCUCUUCGCUACGCACUGUUUUGCUGCAGAGCCUGCUCCAGUUCUUCUGUCGAAUGCAAUUUGCCUUCUUCAGCCAAAAUCUUCAUCAAAGGGCUUCCUCUCUCAACCUCCAAAGGACGUUUGAUGAAGGUGUUUUCAGAGUUUGGCGAAGUCAAUCUAGUCCAGCUUCCGAUAGAUAGAGAAAGUGGGCAGUCUUUAGGAUUUGCAUAUAUUUGGUUUGCCAAGGAAGAGUGUGCACAAUUGGCUGUGAAAGAGAUGAAUGGAAAGUUUUUUGAUGGCAGGUUUAUUUAUGUUACAAUUGCAAAGCCCGGAUCAUCAAAAAGAUCGAAGGGGACAACACCCUACAAAUUUUAAUCAUAUGAGCUCCUCCAUUUUAGCACUGCUGGUUUUGGGAGUGUGUAAAUAAAAGUUGUGAUGAGUAAUUGAGAAGGAACCAAAUACGUUCAGAAUGUAAAAGGUGAAGGAUGCUGAUGCAGUACUGGAGAAUUGAUCAUGUACAACUACAAAGUGUAUUACAGUUGGGGAACCAUUUCAGCGCUUUUAGACAAAUAAAGAACACCUCCACUCGAUUUGAAUUUUCACCUUUAUCAUGUCUUUCUAUUUGUCUCU